AUGUAUCGUCAAAUAAUGGUUCAUCAUGAAGAUUGGAAGCUUCAACAAAUUCUUUGGCUAGACAAUCACAACAGAAUCAUCCCAUAUCAACUCACAACAGUAACCUACGGCACUAGAUCAGCUCCUUAUCUAGCAGUUCGUGUGUUACUGCAAUUAGUAGAGGAUGAAGGCCAUAAAUAUCCAAAAGCAACUCAGACAAUCAUUAAAGGCAGAUAUGUCGACGACAUAUUUGGAGGAGCAGAUUCUCCAGAAGAACUAAUUCAAGUUGCUGAGGAAUUAAUCAACUUGUGCAAGGCGGGCGGCUUUCCCCUUGCAAAAUGGCAAUCAAACAGUCAAUCACUUCUUCAAAAAACGUCACAAUCAUCAGGCAAUCAACAAAAAAUCACCUUCGAAGACUGCACUACAAAAAUUCUUGGACUUCAAUGGAAUCCAAGCUCAGACACAUUCACAUUCACAUCAAAAUCAGUCACUCAUGAGUCAACAUAUUCAAAACGCCUCAUUCUUUCAGAAGUAGCUCAAAUUUAUGAUCCUUUGGGGUUUGUGUCACCAAUCACAAUCAGAGCUAAGAUGCUUCUUCAAGAACUCUGGUUACACAACCUCAGCUGGGACGAACCAGUCCCACAAUCAAUCAUCAAUCGCUGGCUGAUCAUCAGAGAAGAAUUCACUCAACUUCAUGAGAUUUCACUUCCCCGAUGGAUUCACACAACCAGACAUUCAACUGUCGAGAUUCAUGGAUUCUCUGAUGCUUCACAGCUUGCGAUGGCUGCAGCAAUCUACUUAAAAUUCAAUUCACCGUCCACAGGGCCCAAAAUCACACUCAUCUGUGCGAAAACUAAAGUAGCACCAAUCAAACAAAUCACGAUCCCCAGGCUAGAGUUAACUGCUGCGUUAAUUCUAGCGAAACUCACGAAGUAUGUUCGAGCUACACUCCACAGAGUGAACAUACAUUCAAUUCACUUAUGGACGGACUCUUCAAUCACACAUUCAUGGAUCAAUUCAAAUGCAGGACGCUGGAAGGACUUUGUAAGGAACAGAGUAGUGCAAAUUCAAGAACUAGUUGCGGACGCGCACUGGCACCACAUUUCUGGCAAGGAAAAUCCAGCGGACUGUGCUUCAAGAGGCAUCACAGCAAAUCAAUUAAAAGAUUACUCGCUAUGGUGGAGGGGACCCACCUGGUUAGCUGAAAAUCAAGAAAACUGGCCAGUAAAUUCACCACCAGCUGACGAGGCUUGCAACUUAGAAGCUCGUCCUGGAAUUUCACUCAUCGCAGCAAUUCAAGAUACAAUAAUUCAAUGGGACUUGGUCAACAGAUAUUCAACACUCAAUAAACUACUUAGAAUCACCGCCUUAAUCAUCAAAUUCACUUCAAGACUUCGACAUUCUUCAGUUACCAGUCCUUUAGCAUCAAUCACAACAGCUGACAUCGAAAAAGCGAGAAUCUUCUGGAUAAAGUCUACUCAAGCAGCACAUUUUCACCAAGAAAUCAGGACUUUAUCCAACAAUCAACAUCUUCCACCAAACCAUUCAUUUAACAGACUCACAGCAUACGUUGACUCAGAAGGAGUUCUACGAGUAGGAGGACGACUUCAGCAUGCUCAGUUGAGUCAUGAUUCAAAACAUCAAUCAAUUCUACCUCGACAUUCACCAUUCACCACUCUUAUUAUUCGACAUUAUCAUUUAAUCACGCUACAUGGUGGCACUCAACUUACACUCACAACAAUCAGACAACGUUACUGGAUCAUGGGUGGAAGAGCUCCAGUAAAAACAUUCAUUCUUCGGUGCAUCGAAUGUGCUCGACAAACGAGGCAUAAGAGCACAACAACUCAUGGGCCAAUUGCCACAAUCACGUAUCACUCCUUCACGGCCAUUCUCUCAUACUGGCAUAGACUAUGCUGGGCCAUUCACAAUCAAAACAUCAUCAGGCAGAGGAGCCAAGACUAG